GUUAAGUAACAAUAGUCUUGGACAUACCCUAGUGAGGGAAAUUUGCCCAUUUUAACGCCAUUGACGGCUCUCUCUCUCUCCCUCUCCCUCACCCUCUCUCUCAUUCUUAUAGCUCUCUGUCUUCUGUUUGAAGUGUCGUAGAUUUGAACAACGAUCAAAUGCUGUAUCCUCACCAGCUUCUGGCUCGGAAAGCUCCUCUAGGACAGAUAUGGUGAUUUUCAAAUUUUGUUUUCCUUCCUAUUUACUUCUCAUCAUUUAACACCAAUUGAUCGAAAUUACUGUAAACUCUCUCUCUCUCUCUCUCUCUGUCUCGCUCUCCGUUACUUGAAUAUCAAUUUCUUUGUACCUCUGUUUGUUCUGCGUAUUAGCUCAUAUUGACGGUAAUUUGUGCGAUUGAACUGAAUGUGAAUUGGUUCAUACUUUCUGAGCAAUUUUAGUUGAUGAAUGAUAUCAUUGCUAAACCUAAAAGGGGAUUAGCAUUAGAUGGGGGAUGUAUAAUGUAAUGUAAUAUGUAUUAAGGGAAAUUCUACUACCAUUUUUUUCUAUAAUUACCAACUUAUUUUAGUUAUGCCUUAUGUUGUUGAUUGGUUAUGACCGUGAAAGUAUGAAAUUGCGUCAUUUUCGCAUGUGUACCAUAGUAUACUACUCCGGUAGUAUGUAUAUCAGGAGGAUGAAACCCACUCCUCCCUUCAUCCUUCAAUAUUGGACCUCUUCUUGUUCAUUCUCCACUUGUACUCUGCUACGUUUGCGUCCAUACUCGGCCACGGCCAUGGCCACAGCCACAGCCGAUUUCUCGCCAUCUCUGUCUCUGUUAAUUGACGAGUUUACUAGAUUCUGCUAUCAAAGAGACCUCCCCAGGGCCAUGAAAGCCAUGGAAUCCAUGCAAAAACACCAAUUAUGGGCCGACUCCAUCACUUAUUCUGAGCUUGUCAAGUGCUGUUUGGCCCACCGUGCCAUCCACCAUGGUAGGCUCAUCCACAAGCACCUUUUCUCCCACGGUCACCGCCCCGCAACCUUCUUGAUUAACAUCCUCCUCAACAUGUACGUCAAAUUUAAUCUCUUGGAUGAUGCUCAAGCUUUGUUUGAUCAAAUGCCCCACAGAAACGUUGUCUCCUGGACAACUCUGAUAUCUGCCUAUGCUAACGCUAAUGCUAUGCUCCACCACGACAAGGCCUUGCAAUUCUUGAUUCUCAUGCUUAGAGACGGUGUCAGGCCUAACAUGUUCACUUACUCUUCUGUUUUGAGAGCCUCCCAUGGUUUACCCAACCUUCAACAGCUCCACUCUAGUAUAAUCAAGACCGGCUUAGACUCUGAUGUCUUUGUUCGCAGUGCCCUCAUCGAUAUUUACUCUAAAUGGGGUGCAUUGCAUAAUUCCCUGCGCGUUUUUGAUGAGAUGGUAACUGCCGAUUUGGUUGUUUGGAACUCUAUUAUUGGUGGUUUUGCUCAGAACACCGAUGGUGAUGAGGCUUUGAAUCUUUUUAAGAGGAUGAAGCGUGCUGGGUUUUGGGCUGAUCAAGGGACACUAACCAGCGUAUUGAGAGCAUGUACUGGUCUAGCACUUCUGGAAUUGGGGAGACAAAUUCAUGUUCAUGUACUCAAGUUCAAUCAAGAUCUAAUCCUCAACAAUGCUCUUCUUGAUAUGUAUUGCAAGUGUGGCAGUCUGGAAGAUGCCAACUCCGUUUUCAGUCGGAUGGUGGAGACGGAUGUCGUAUCUUGGAGUACCAUGAUCAUGGGUUUGGCCCAAAAUGGUUUUAGUCGCAAAGCACUGCAACUGUUUGAGUCAAUGAAAGCUUCAGGGACCAAACCAAACUAUAUUACAAUCCUUGGGGUUCUGUUUGCCUGUAGUCAUGCAGGGCUUGUAGAAGAUGGGCAGUACUACUUUCAAUCAAUGAACAAGUUUUUUGGGAUUGAUCCUGGAAGAGAGCACUACGGCUGCAUGGUUGAUCUCCUUGGAAGGGCUGGAAAGCUUGAUGAAGCAGUUAAGCUUAUCCAUGAAAUGGAAUGUGAACCAGAUACUGUGACAUGGAGAGCUUUACUUGGCGCUUGUAGGGUUCACCGCAACACAGAUCUUGCUAUAUAUGCUGCCAAGAAAAUUUUAAACCUCGAGCCUAAUGAUGCAGGAACCUACAUACUUUUGUCCAACAUUUAUGCUAACUCUCAAAGGUGGGAAGAUGUUGCAGAAGUGAGGAGGGCUAUGAGGGGUCGAGGGGUUGGGAAGGAACCAGGUUGCAGCUGGAUUGAAGUAGAUAAACAGAUCCAUGCUUUCAUAUUAGGAGAUAAGUCACACCCACAAAUCGGAGCGAUCAGGAUGGAACUGGACCAGUUCAUUUGGAGAUUAAAGGAACUGGGUUAUGUUCCUGACACAAAUUUUGUCUUGCAAGAUCUUGAAGGCGAACAGAAGGAAGACUCACUCUCUUACCACAGUGAGAAACUGGCAAUAGUGUUUGGUAUGAUGAGCUUGUCGAGGGAGAAAACUAUUAGGAUCAGGAAAAACCUCAGGAUCUGCGGGGACUGUCAUGUCUUUGCCAAACUCGUAGCAAAGAUGGAGCAUCGGAACAUUGUUAUCAGGGAUCCAAUCCGUUAUCAUCAUUUCAGGAAUGGAAUUUGCUCCUGUGGGGACUAUUGGUAGCAGAGUAUGAAGCUGGCUGAUCAAUGAGGGCUUUUGCUGCUGAAAUCUGCUAUGCAUGAAUGUGGUCAAAUCAGGUCAACUCACUCUCAAGCCAACUACACAAUCGGGUAUCUACAGUGAUCAGAUAGAUAAUAAUCCAGCAAAUCAAGCUCCCCAGCAGGAUCACCAGAGGCAAGGACCAACUCGAAGCAAGAAAGUCAGCGGCCUCUGCCAUGGAUUAUGAACAAACUAUCAUCCCCAGUCACAUAUACCAAUCUUGGCUUUAGAGAACUUCUGAUAUUGUGUCAAAAAGAGGAAGAAAGAGAAAGGCAUGCUCUGAUACGCACCUGCCAGUUUAUUCCAUUCUAUAUGCAUAGACUUGGUGGGUUAUUUAAAUUCGAUUGAGGCAAAUUACUCUUCCAAUAAAAUGCUUUCAUGCUUUAUUCAUUUCAGAUCUAUGACGCCACGUCUACCAUAAAGAUAGGAAACCUCAUGGAAUUGCCUCCUGUGGCACUAAUCUGUGGGCUUUCCACAACUGGAAAUAGAGAAAUACAUUAUCCAGCACGUCUUUUGGUACUAUGGAUGAGAAGUACCAUACCUACCUGUGAUUUUCCUUCUGGGAGGAAAUCCCACCCCAGCCUCCAGAACCUUCUUCAUCGUCACCACCAGAUAAAGCACAUUAUAAUGAUCCAUUGGGAUUUCCUUUUGAAGAUUUUCACAGUGGACUUGGCUCCCAAUCAUUGGGAGUUUCCAGAGAGAAGCUUCGGACAAAUCUCAAAACUAACGAGAUACCAACUGAAGUCCUCAUACUGGGGCUAAGA